AUGAGAAUGCAGGAGUAUGGUGAUGUUCGUUAUGUUUUCAAGGAAACGAUCAGCCUGAUCAGGGGUCCGGGCUUGAUCGAGGUUGUCAUUCUGACAGAAUUCUUCCGACCCGCCCAAAGUUCCUUCACGGCCGCCGCCUCGUCGCCCAAGUCACGUUUGCCACGUCGAGCCUCUCCCAGCAUCCCCGCCUCGCCAGUUUGUUCGAGCAGACCCAGUAGCUCAACCGGCAGAGACCAUGUCCUUCCAUCUCAGAAGAGCGCGACGGACAUCGAGCUUACGGCAGCAUCGACGCAAAGCAAGGAAGGCCUCAACUCAGCUCAUCCAGAGCUUUCCUUAUCCUCCAAUCUCUCCAGUUCACCCAGCAGCCCAGCACCUCAAUCGUAUGGGAAUUGCGAACAAGUCUCAAAGGUCAAGCAUCCGAAAAACCUAGGCCCACCACCAGCCACCGAACCCGAUGAGACGGGACAAUACGAAUCCUAUACCUGCCAUCAAUGCCGUGUCAAAACCACCCGACCAAAGAUGAUCUGUGAUCAAUCACACGAUCCUAACUGUUUCCGUCGAGUCUGUCGCAACUGUUUGCUGAAUCGAGCGGCAUACAACGGCAUCCCCGAGCUCCAGCCUCCGAUAUUCCAGUUUGUCCCAGGCGGGAAGAUGCUGUGUGUGAAAUGCAGGGGCAUCUGUCCUUGUGCUGACUGUCGGAGGAAACGGGGUGAAAAGGAAGAGAAUCGAAGGGGGCUGAAUUUGAAUAAUGGCUUUUAUGGGUUGACACCCGAGGAUAAGGAGAAGGCGCUGAUGAAGAAUAAACGAAAUCGAGAAAAGGCCGUGCUGAAAAAGGCCUCCCGUGCCCGCCUAGACCUGGUCAAUCCAGUACCCUCCGUGGGUGAUCAAGCUUCGGAAGUCCCCUCAGGACCCCUGACGCGGAAGAAACAACUCAAGGAGCCAUGGUCAGACGACAUAAUCUGCUUGGAUCAAGCUCCAGCGACUUCGUCCGGCAAACCUAGCCAAACUAAGCCUGUCCGUCGGCCCAUCUUACCCGCUGAGGGAACCGGGGUCACCGCGAAUAUAAACCGCCAAUCGAACAAGAGACCACUCACAAAUCAGACAGAUCACACUGCCCUCAUGAAAGAUUUUGGAAACUAA